AUGGUCGUCCGUUUCGGAAGGUUUUAUGAGCGGCGCCAGAGCGACGGCGUCACCGGCCGACUUCAAUUAGCGCUGGACCCCCCACCGGUCCGAUUUGCAUCCGUGCACACUUCCGCUCAUCUCUUUUUCUUCUUGUUUCAUUCGAAUCAAAAAGAAAAAAGUGGCCAAACACGGGCUACUGUAUCUUUCGAAUGCCCUAUGAGUUUGAGUUCGGCGGCCAGAUUCAACAAUGGAAUGAAAACAAAAAAUACUCUUAUUCGGAGACGGUAAAUACAAGUCCGGUUUGGGCAAUUCGAGGUUUUAUGGUAUAAUUGGUCAGAUGAACAUGUUAUAAAAAUGACACGAUCCUUUGUGGUUUCCACAGCUGGCCUCUGUGGUUGUAAUUUGACUAUCGAUGCAUUUUUCCUUGAAGACCAAAAGUCUAUCGCGCAUGAUUCAGGGAAAACAGACUCCAAAAACUGGGUUUGAUGUGAAAGAAGUACCUUGUAGAGCUUUCUGUUGCGAUUCGAAUGGUCUAUUCAAAAAAACACAGAAAUGAGUCCUUUUGAAGAAAAACGUGAUUUUAUUUUCCCGCCUUAAAAUUUUGAAAUAUGCUUUAUCGGUGUACAGAAAACGAUGUUGCGGACGUUUCAUUAUACUCGCAUACUCGGAGAAAUAACCGGUUAUUUGCUUCAAAUUAAGGGCUUGUUCCCUGAAAAAAAAGGUUUAGUCAAACUAAAAACACACAUCGAUAAUGAAGAAAACUUAAAAUAUCUCUUUCCCAAUCGAAAUCUGAGCAAAAUCAUCAUUUUACAAGCAUUUUGCGAUCAACAAUUUGCAAAUUUUUGAUAAAGAGAAAGCUUCCACGACGAAAAGAACUUUGGUGAUAACAGAAAAAAAAAAAAUCGAAAUUUUAAAAAACGAAGAAAAAGCAAAAAUCCGAAAAAUGGCGGUUAUCCAUAGAGCAACUUUACUGCAAAAGCGCCUUUUUAGCAGGGACAACUUUUCUCUCUCCGACUUUUAAUUAUAUUUUCUCGAAAACUAGGCAGUUCUGUACGUUUCCAAGUUCACAGUUCGACAGACAAGAAAGAGCUCUAUAAAAUGGCAUCUUUAUCUUCAAACCCAUUUUUUACAGCCCCUAUGCCUCUUCAGCUCGACAAUUGUAUGAGAGUGGGAAGUCGGGUGUUGGGGACAAGAAAUUGAGAACAGACGAGGCCUCGGGGCUCAUGAACGGAUUGAAUUGUCUCCAGUGGAAACAUUCAUUCCGCUCUUUUCUGUUUAUGUUUCACGUUUUGUGUGCAGAGGCUUCAUUAUAAUCUGCAGAGUGCGAUUCUCUCGUUCAAGUUAUUUCGGAACAUUUGGGAAGGAACUUUUUCGAGUAGCACCAGAGGAGCUUCUUCUCUAAAGUUUUAGGAACAAAAAUCUCCAAAAAAGACAAAAAUUUCACAGUAAACCACGGAUUUUUUUUUCAAAAGUUUUUCUGAGAAAAAUACGUCUAACGUUCCAUCAUCAAUAAAGUUUAGAAAAAAAUGAUUUAAUUUUUGAAAAAAAGAAGAUUUAAAAAUUAUCAUUUAAUGAUGUUUCAACGAUUACUCAGGAGUUUUUAGAGUGAUCCCUAUAGGGGUUAGGAAGAAAUAAAGCUCCUACAGGGGCCGAAAAAGUGGUCCAUAUAGGGGUAAAAUCAAGUUGGUCCCUAUGGAGUCUACUUAGCCCCUAAAGCUUGAGUGGUCCCUAUAGGAGUAUUAUAGUUUUAUUCAAAAAACGCUUACUUAUUUAGUUUUUCGCAUGGAAAUGCUUCUUUGUUCAGAGUUCAUAAAAAUCAUCGACUAGAAUGUCCCCCAAACGGGACCACUUUUGCAAGCUUUAGUGACCCCUAUAGGGGUUGGCAAAGUGGUCCUCAAGGUUACCCCUAUAGGGACCACUCUGGAGUUUCUAAACUUUUUGGAUCAUUACCAAGAUGGAAAACUGAGACGUCUGGAUGCAGCUGACUUGCUCUCUCUCUCUCAUCUCUGAGGCCACAUCUGCACCAGACCAAGUUUAUAAACUGUAACUAUGCGUUUGAAGAGAUUGUUUAUGUAUCGACAGCUUUUGGGGGGCGCCAAUCGCGUUCAGUUGUUCAAACAGAGUUGUGCAGGGCCAGACGACGGAUCCAGCCUCGAGGAGCUGGAGCUGAUGCUCGGUCUCAAGCGCUUCGGUCGGCUCUUCUUCUUGGCCUUCUACGUCGUCGCGGCCUGGUUUCUCUGCUCCUUGCUUCUUCAGUACUUUCGGAGGUUCUUACUUCUGCAAAGCCUCUUUUUGAACUCUUUUUGUGUCAGAAUAUUUGGAAAGAUCGCCUCCGAACGACAUUCUUGAUAGAAUUGAUAUAAACUGCGAAGUUUGCGGAAAAACUGUAGCGGUUUCACUUUUGGAAAAAGUUUCAGAGUCUUUUCUUAGGGAAUGAUAGUCAGAUAGCUGGCGAGUACACAAACUGGAAUUUCGAUGCCGAACGCUACGAGGAAGAAAUACUGUACUCUACCGACAGGUCGGCCUUCAACUCUUGUACUCGAAGAUUUUUGGACUCCAGAUGUGCGACGGUGAAACGUUUGUUCCGAUUCAACGAGGAACCUUUGUCUUCAGAAGAGGCUGCAUAUCCUCUUGCCUACGGAAUGAUUGUUUAUAAAGAUAUUGUUCAGGUUGAUCCUAUAUUAUUAAAAAAAUUCUUUUUCCGCUCUGGGGUCUUUACGAGAAUGCAGAGCAGAGCUAAAAAGAUGGAGCUCCAUAAUUGAAUAAACAAAAAGAGCGUCCCAUUGAGUGAAUUUUGCACAUUCACUUCUCUUUUGCAAUUAAAAAAAAAGUUCCUUUUAGGUAUUAUUGAUGCUAUCUUCUUUCUACCAUCCCCAAAACGAGUACUGUUUGGCCGUGAGCGGCUCGUCCAAGCCGUUUUUCAGCAUAUGGCCAAGGAUCUUUCCAGAUGUUGGCCAAACGUACACUUCAUGGUUAGCUAUCGAAUUUAUUAGAAUCAAGGCUUGAAAACGUGACAUUUUCAUUUUUAUUUAUCAUAGUUUUUACAGUCUGUGUGCCAAGACUUGAAAUUUCACUGAACGACAUUCCGCUGUUCCGCUGCGUCGCGAAGCGUCUUUGCGAACCUCGGUCUCGCUUUGAAUUGGUUCUCAUUUCUGAUAGAUGGACUGUUCCACUAGGAACACGUUUUGGUCGAGUUUUUAAAUAAAAUUUAAAAUUAAAAAGCGGCCGAGCACGCAGCGGAAUAGCGGAAUGUCGUUGGAUGAAAUUCCAAGUCGUGGUACACAGACUAUAUCCCUGGCUUCGAGUCUCGUGAAGGCCUCAAUAGCCUUUUAUCUUUUUUGCGGGUUUAUCUGCUACUUUUUUCACCUUGAUGUACAUUAUAUUUCUGAAAAAAAUGUACCAAAAGGUGAAAAAGCCUUUGCCUGUGAAUAAAUGAAUUGCUAGAAAAAAAAUUUUGCAGCAGCGGGGACGAAUCUUCUGGGGCAGCUUCGAGAUAAUAAACGCGACCUACGGCUGUAUGGAGAUGUUGACCAAAAAGAAGUCGAAUUGGCAAUACUUCCAGGUGAAAAAAUCUUUUUUCAUCAUUCAUUAUGUUUUUCUAGUACCUAUCAGGCGUCGACGCGCCUCCUCAAGACAAACCUCGAAAUGGUUCAGAUUUUCAAAGCGAUGAACGGCACUUUCAACUCGGAGAUAAAGUCUUUCCAAAAGGGGCGCUUGAAAAAGAAAAAUGUAAGGUCAGAUGAGCAGGAACGACUGAAACUGUUUGUCGGGAGACAGAUGAGCGAUUCUCCGUUGCCCCUGUUCAAAUCCUCCCUUUCUGCGCUUGUCCCUCGCUCGGCUGCAGAAGAAAUUGUGAGAUGAACUUAAUUUAGUCGCUUUAUCGAUUUUUCAGGUUUCAUCCGAGAAAACCCAUGAUCUCAUGAUGUUCCUCAAUGGGACAGGGAUUCCAGACGAGGGAUUCUGGAGCACGCUUGGAGCAAACAGAAAGAGUAACGAGGAAAUAUGAGGCUUCUGAGUUAAAUCGAUCGUUCAGAAUUCCCUAUUCCCGGGAUCUAUCGACGGCAAUAA